AUAACGGCAAACGUAGAAUAUAGGCAAUGAAUUAUACAUUUAUUUUCAUAGCGUUGUAAUUGUGUAAUAAUGAAUCAUUAAACGAAGGGAUGGGCAAAGUAAGGGACCUUUAAUUGGGGAUUCAGAUGGUAUUCUCCAGCUGUGGGAAGCAGAUGUGUAGUUGAAGGAAUAAGCGCAUUUAUCAUAGGAUAGGCUACGCUAGCUAUUAUAGGCUAUAUGAUGUUGAAGCCCUUUGUUGCAUUUAAUUGGUUGCUAAAUUAGGCAAUAGCCAAUUUAUUUUUCCUCUAUUCAGAUUUCACUUGAAUUGGUAUGAUGAUUUAUUAUACUGUCACAAUGUUUGUGGCUUCAAUGUUCAAAACGGGAACUUGUUGAUCUCAAUAAGUUGUGGCUUAAUAAUUCAUUUAAUGACCGGAGUAGGCUACUAGAGAGGAAACGUUGUUUUAGCCUCAUUAGUCAUGUGGUUGUUCGCUUGAACGGAAGACCUGUAUGACCACCGCGGCUCGAACUACCCGCGGGAGUCGCUCAUCGUUUCAGGCGGGGAAGAGCGUUCCUCGUGCGUCUGCAUCAUUUGGUAGAUGAGACGGAACCUUAGCUCUCGAAUAGUCAAUGGGGGGCAAGGAAAAACUCAGUGAAAUGUAGAAAAACGUUGAGCGAAGCGGACAGCAAACAAAGACUGCAAUCAAUGUUCCAGCCAUAAAUAAGAAUACUGGUAUGAUGAAAACCCCAGCAAACUCAAACAUACAAUAAAGACAUAUUAGAUAGUAUAUCAUAUUGAAGUGGAGGGAAACACCAUACUAAUACUUCUGGAUCCCAGUCUACAAAAUAAGUUCUGACUUCUAUCAUGGAGGUGUCCCAUAUGAACAAUAGUAGUCAUCACGCCUGGUGGAAAGAGAUGACAUGGGGCGACACAGACGAGUGCCCCACCUCCAUGAGUGGCACAACCUUCCUGAUAGUUGCCUACAGCGCACUGAUUGGGGUGGGCCUUAUCGGUAACAUCUGCCUGGUGUUUGUCAUCACACGGCAGAAGGAGAUGAGGAAUGUCACCAACAUAUUCAUCGCCAACCUGUCAAUUUCUGACAUCCUCAUGUGCAUCGUGUGCCUGCCGGUCACCAUCAUCUACACCCUAAUGGAUCGCUGGAUCUUGGGGGAGGCACUCUGUAAGGUCACACCCUUUGUCCAGUGCAUCUCUGUCACAGUCUCUGUCUUCUCCCUGGUCCUCAUAGCCAUGGAGCGCCACCAACUCAUCAUCCACCCCACUGGAUGGAAGCCUGUUGUGGGCCACUCCUACCUGGCUGUAGCCAUCACCUGGAUGGUGGCCUGCUUCAUCUCUCUGCCUUUCCUCUCCUUCAACGUUCUCACCAACAGUCCUUUCCAGAACAUUAGCCUCCCCUUCAAUCCCUUCACUGACCACUUCAUCUGUAUGGAGCGAUGGCCCUCAGAGCACAAACGACUGGCCUACACCACCUUUCUGCUGCUCUUCCAGUACUGCCUUCCCCUCAUCCUCAUCCUGGUCUGCUACUUGCGCAUCUUCCUGCGUCUCAGACGGAGAAAAUACAUGGUAGAGCGAACCAGGGACAACCGCCAGAAGAAGGCCAAGGGGUCAAAGAGGAUCAAUGCCAUGUUGGCCUCCAUCGUGGCAGUGUUUGCCCUCUGCUGGCUCCCGCUCAACAUCUUCAACACCGUGUUUGACUGGAAUCACCAGGCCAUCCCAUCCUGCCAGCAUGACAUCAUCUUCUCUGCCUGCCACCUCACAGCCAUGGCCUCUACUUGUGUCAACCCCAUAAUCUAUGGCUUUCUCAACAGUAACUUCCAGAAAGAGCUCAAAUCUACCCUAUACCGCUGCCGCUGCUGGGGGGCACCAGAGAGUUAUGAGAGCUUCCCUCUCUCUAUUGUCAGCACAGAGGUCACUAAGGGGUCGAUCUUGAGCAAAGGAUCGAUCAGCAUGAAUGUAUAGUCCCAACCCAUUCAGAUAGGGAGAGCGAAAGUAUAGAACUUGUCAUUGUCUUGACCAUGCAUUGAAGGUUGUCUUGCUGAGAUUUUUGCUGGAGCAAGGGUUGACAGGGGUUGUUCAAAUGAUUCACAUGUUAAUGUUUUGUUUCUUAGCAAUCAAUGGUUGACCUCUUCAGUGGGAAUGGAGAGAAACGGAGUGAAAGUAAGAGAACACUGUGCCCCAACAGUCAUUUUACAGUGUUUUCAAUUAGGUAUGUGUUUUUACACCUUAGAGGAAGUCGAUGAUUUUAUGACGGUGCAAAGGUCUUCUUCACUGCAAGCACUGGAGUAAAAGGUGUGCUUAACACCAACAUAAUAUUGCAAUGUAUUAUUUGGGUCUCUACAGAGCAGUAACAUUCAAAGUUGGGGUGUGGUCGCGGGAUAAAAAAAAAAAAAUGCAACACAAAUGUACGAUUAAUUUAUAGGACAAAAUGUAUACACGCAUGAAUGUAAGUCGCUUUGGAUAAAAGCACCUGCUAAAUGGAAUAUAGAUAUAUAUUUUUUGAGAAAGAUAAUUUGAAAAAUAAUAUUGAAUUGAGUUAAUGUAUUUAUUGAUUCUCUUAAUUUUGAUAAGAGAGAUGGAAGUUAAUUGAAAGUUAUUUGUUGAUAUAAAAAUAGAAAUUUACCGAUUUUUAAGGCUGUCAUAAGAUAUGAGGUGUGGGGUCGCAGAAAUUCUGGCCAAAAAAAAGAGGGUUCCUGCUUGAAAGGUUUGAGGUACACUGCUAUAGAGUGUAGCCAAAUGUGUUGUCAUGAUAGUCAAACUUGUAUGGCAGCACAAAAGUCUUUAAAAUCGACUAUAAUUGAAGGACUUUUACAUUGACCUUCAACUCCUCUUGGGUUCCACUCACAAAGUCAUGUUUGAAUAAUGUGAGAUUUUCAGAUUGUCCUUUUCUCACAUUUUACUCCUGUUAAUCCUGGAUCAUGGAUAGCUACUGCUAUAAUUGUGUUUUUAUAGAAUUCGCUAUCCUUUCAACCCUCCUUUGUGCAAUUCCUUCCCUCAUGCAGAGACUCAUGGAAUAUGCAUGUUAAGGGAUGCCAAGUGCUAACCACUUCCAAUGGUUCAUUCAUGAUAUUGAUGUGGGUUUAAAGGGAUAGUUCUCCAAAAGCAUGUGUUAAUGAUUUCCUUCAUAGAUAGGAAUCGUGAUCUUUACACCGGCAAAUGACUUGGCUAAGAUCACACCAUGUCAAUAAAAUCCUCAUAACUGGUUUGUUUGUAAACAGACCCAUGACAGAAUAAAGUUAUGGAAUUUGUAUUGAAACAAAACUUUGACAAGGACUGACAUUGAAAACUAGUGAUUUAAAGCACAGUACCUGUCACAGACAUGUUUUGUACCCACCAAAGUUUACUGCCAAAUAUAUUACUGUGCUAGUGGCUGACUUUGAUAAUAAAAUGUGCCAUGCAGCAACCAUACAUCUAGGGCCAUAUAACAAAAGAAAAGGGGCAGUAAAUGAAUACACUCUGUACUCUGACAGCAGCACAUGGAAUAAUAUCCUACUGUAUAUCCUUGCUCUCUCACUGAGGUCCACUGAGUCUUUGUGUGUACAGUAAUAGAUCUGGUGUGUAGUUUAGCCCUGCGUGGUGUGUAUGGUACCUGAUAUGCCUCUUGUAUUGCAAUGUGGGAUAAUUGGUUUAUAAUAUAAAUGGGAAUAAAUCAUUCCAUCUGUUUACCCUCUAAUCUACUCUUGUAAACACAUUUUCAGCCAUUCCAUUUGGCAGUUACAAGAAUGAUUAUCCAAUAUGACCAAACUAACUCAUUCAUGAAUGUGUGCAAUAUUUCCUUUUGCAGGUAAAAUAAAGUUCAGUAUGCCAUAUACAGUAAGUAUUUGCAAAUAUCAUGCCAUGUUUUCUCUAAACAUUUGUAAGCUGGCUGCCUUUUCUUAAAAAUAUAUAAUUCUCAGAACAUUUCUAGGAUGUUUUAAUAAUUUGAGGUCAUAAAUUUGGAUAAUUCAAAUUUUGUCAGAUACAUAUAUUUAAAUGUAUGUAUGGCUCUGCUUAAUUUUUAUCCAAUGUCUGAAGAGCGUUCUCUGUUUACUGGGUAGUUAGCGAUGAGCUUUUAUAAGCCAGAUAAAGUUUUGUACAUUCUAUGUAUUCCUUUCUGCAGGGUUAAUCUUUAUCGACAAAAAAGUUAGAAUGCCAAAAGAUGUUACAGUAGCUUUACAGAAGAUACAUUUUAUUUUAUUUUAUUGCAUUUCAUAUUUUUUCUUUUUCUUUUCUGUAGGUGCCCUUAGAUAUAUCAAAGCAAUAUCUGUCAGCAUUUUCUCCUUUUCCCCAAUCUAUUUCAUUAUGAUUUAGAGUGAAUCUUUCACAAAAUAAUACAUUUGAUUUUGUGGUACACUCACAUUUUCUACUACCUUAAAUUGCAGCCCUGGUUUUACAGCAGUCUAGUAAAUGCUAUCCACACCCCAAAGGGAAAGUGUUUAUGUUCUUAAACAUGAGCAGACAAUGUUGAAGUAAGACUGUGUGACCCAUACCUGUAAAUCUAUAUCACUACCAAUGGGAAAUGGUUGAGAUCUGUAUGUGAAAAUAUUUAUAUUAAAGGUUGACUAAUGAAAUUAAAGAUCCACCUAAACUUAUUGUUUUCACUUUUUGCAGGGUGCUAUAGAUAAGUGUCUUCCAAAUAGAUGAAAAUAAACAUGUAUAGUGUGUUAAUGACCAUUUGUAGCCAAGCAGUAAAACUGUCACAAAACUAUACUGUAUCCAUUUCUAAUUUGUUUAUCGAUUCUUAUUUGGUAUCUUUUUCUAUUCUGUUUCCACUCCCUGUCACUCACUCACUCACUCACUCACUCACUCACUCACUCACUCACUCACCAAACACACAAAUACAGUCAAGAAUAAAAAUGUCAGAUUCUCAAGCAUUCUAUUCCUCCCCCUUACUCCUCUCACUAUCAAUUCCUCACUUAUACAAUACUUAUGAGACAACAUAUGCUGUAAAAAAGCUAUUUAAUAAGUUGUUCAUUAUUCACAGAUGAGAAAGCGGUCACAUUCUGUGUUAUUCAAUGAGAUAUGAUUACAGGGUUGAGUUUGACAUUCUUUUCCAAGAGUCACAUAUUCUCCCAGAAACAGAAAUCUGUAUCAAUUCAUGGGUUUACUUUUCUUAUCACUUAUCCUGUUGGGGCCAAUAUAGAUACUUCCAAAUAAGCCGAAUCUGCAUUUGCCCUGUAAACAGUUUGCUCAGCUGAUGAUGUUUUCUGUGGACUGUCAAGAAUAGUUAUGGCAAGUGUGUGUAUGUUAAAUUAUAGGGUUAUGUGGGUAUUUUGAACCCAAGUAAAGUGAUGAAACAAAACCACACUGUCCCUUUUCCUUAUUGGAGCAGGUAUACAACAUAUUCGUAAACACAUGAGGAAUGGGAUGUAGGAAGUCUGCAUUAGUCCACCCAUCCUUAGUCUGAAACAGCAGGGAUCACCCAGUCAAAUGCCAUUGGUUCAAAUGUUAAUGAAUUCCCACCAAUACCUCCUGUGGUCACAGAACAAAGUCACAUUGGCCUGUGUGUAACCUCACUUCUGUGGAAGAAAAAUAGAGGGAUUUGUAGUGUAUUCUUUUUUGUUCUUGGCAGUUGAAUAGGUCAUAUAAAGCAGCUCUGCCUCUUGAAUUCUAACCCUGGUAUUAGACAUGCAAGAACGUGUACCUGCAUUGAAACAGACACCUGGGGCCAUACUCACAUAUUGGCUCAGUACAUAUUUACCAGUUCCUCCAUGUUGCUUUUGAAUUGUCCUAAUGCCAUAUUUUUAAUUAGGCAUUUCCUGAUGCCCUUAUGCCCUGGUUGCUCUGAUAGCUUUAGUUGCUUGGGGAAAAGUGUGGCCAAUAGAUCUGUUAUGACUAAUGGAACACAAGGACAUUUGUAAGAUAACCUUUGCCACAGAAAUAUUUUUCAAAGAUCAUCACACUCAUCUCAAGAUUAUGCUAUAGCAGAACGACUCAUCUGUGUCUUUGUAAACACAAUAUC